AUGGAUAGUCCAUAUCAUGCUACGCCGCCCGGUCACAGCGAGGGAUCUCGGCCGUCCAUAGGAUUUCCUCUGGGGACUGCCCUCCUCUUGGUGGUCAUCUUUAGCCUCAGUGGCAUAAUUUCCUGCAUCUACCAUUGGGACAAGCUUCGCUCCCUCCGCCUCUCGGACCACGACCUCGAGGCAGAUGGUGAUCAAGAGCCCUCCAAACCUAAAGUCCUCCUAAAGAAUUUAAAGCAAGAGAAGAACCAGAGCUUGCCAGUUAUAAUGGCUGGGGAUGAUGUUCCAAAGUUCAUAGCAAUGCCAUGUCCGCGUGAGCCACCGUUACGUGCGAAAAUCACAGUUGAGGUGCAGAAACCGCCUAAGCCACCACCUCGAAUAGCAGUGCCUUUGUAUUAA